AUGCGAUAUCUCACAGUACUUACUGCCCUUCUGGGUGCAGUAUCAGCCGCUCCCUCUCUUGUCUACAGAGCCAAGUCGCCGUUCAGCGUCGCCGACCCCGGUACCGCUGAGGAUAUUGUUAUCACCGCGGACAAUACUCUCAACGGAACUUUUCACAGCCCAAACACGACGAUUGUGAACAAGAACGCUAUUCACUCCCGUGCUCUCGCUGGAAACUUGCCGAUCAAGCUCAUCAACAAUUUCAGCGGCAACCAAGUGAACGCCUACAUCUCCGGUUUGGACUCUGACAACCGAGUCGUGUUCAUUGCCGCCGAUGGCAGUUUAAUUUAUCCCAGCUCGGGAGGCUCCAGUGUCCCUGUUCCCAUUAACAGCAACAUUGCCAUUCCUCUACCUUCUCAAGGCAACUCCAUUACAGUUACUCUGCCUAUCGUUCUUUCUUCUGCCCGAAUCUAUUUCUCUGAGGGAAAUCUCCAGUUCUUCAUGGUCAAGAUUCCCAAUGGUGAUGGCUUGGUACAACCUUCGCCGACCAACCUAUCAGAUCCAAGCUCGGGUAUCAACUGGGGCUUCGUUGAGCUAACCUAUACAAACGCAUUGGCUGUAUUCGCAAAUAUCAGCUAUGUUGACUUUGUCGGCAUGAUCCUCAGCAUGAGCCUGUCCACUAAAGAUGGAAGCGGUACUCAGAUCACCAAGGGCCUCGAUUCCGGCGCAGUCAGCCAGAUUUGCAACGGUCUCGUCCAGCAGGGCAAUGCAGACGGCUACCCAUGGGCUUCUCUCUGUGUUGCCAACUCUGCGGGAACUCCCAUCCGCGCACUGUCUCCCGGCGACUACACGGCCAUCAACUCAGCCGGGUUCCAGAACUACUGGAACGGCUAUGUCGACCAGGUCUGGAACCAGUACACAAACAACCCCCUCACCAUCAACACUCAGAGCUCUGGCAACGUCAACUGCCAGGUUUCUGGCGGCACUCUUAACUGCAGUGGCGAUAACCGUGGCUACGCCAAGCCUUCAGCUGCUGAUAUCUGGGGCUGCAACAGCGGACCAUUCGCUAUCCAGGGCGGUGACAAUGCCAUCCACGUGGCUGUUGUCCCCCGUCUCUGUGCUGCCUUUGUGCGAUCCACCCUCCUCAUUGCUGGCGGCAACAUCCAGCCUGGUGUGAGUGCAUCUCAGUACUAUACCGUGAGCCCCACCAACCACUACAGCCGCCUCGUUCACCAGUACGAGGUUGACGGAAGAGGAUACGCUUUCCCCUACGACGACGUCAACCCAGACGGCAACGAGAAUGCUUCAGGUGUGCUGUCUUCGGGCUCCCCUGAUACUCUGACCGUUUCUGUUGGUGCGCCACUGUCCUAAUCAUAUGUAUCUACCAACAAAUCUAUUGUAUAUACGAGAG